GGCGGGCGGGCGGAAGCGAUGGCGGCGCAGGGAGACUCGGAACAGGUUCGCUACUGCUCGCACUUCCCCUACCUCUGCCUGAAGUUCACGCUCGUCAUUUACUCCACCGUCUUCUGGUUGCUAGGGGCGUUUGUGUUAGCUGUGGGCAUUUAUGCAGAAGUGGAAAGACAGAAAUAUAAAACCCUUGAAAGUGCCUUCUUAGCUCCAGCAAUCAUCCUGAUUCUCUUGGGCAUCGUAAUGUUCCUUGUGUCCUUCCUUGGAGUAUUGGCUUCUCUGAGGGACAAUUUACACCUUCUUCAAGCUUUCAUGUACAUUUUGGGCUUUUGUUUGUUCAUUGAACUAAUUGGUGGAGUUACAGCCUUAAUUUUCCGAAGUAAGACAAUUGAGUUUUUAAAUGAAAAUAUCAGGAAAGGAAUUCAGAAUUACUACGAUGACUUGGACUUCAAAAACAUCAUGGAUUUUGUUCAAAAGGAGUUUAAGUGUUGUGGUGGAGAAGAUUAUAAUGACUGGUCAAAAAAUCAGUAUCAUGAUUGUUCUGCUCCAGGACCAUUAGCCUGUGGAGUCCCAUACUCUUGUUGUGUCUCAAAUAAGACAACAGUCAUUAAUACCAUGUGUGGAUAUAAAAUGAUUAAUGAAGAGCGCCUGAGUGUUCAACACAACAUAUAUAUCAGAGGAUGUACAAAUGCUGUAAUCAUUUGGUUUAUGGACAACUAUGCCGCCAUGGCUGGAAUUUUGCUGGGUAUAUUGUUUCCACAGUUUUUUGGAGUGAUGGUCACUCUGCUGUACAUCACCCGAGUAGAAGACAUAAUUACUGAACACAAGUCGAAAGGGGCACUGCUUCAGACAAGAAGACAGAGGGAAUAUGAUGAGCCAGCUGGAGCUGGAUGCUGUAUGUGUUUUCCUGAGUAACAUCAGAUUGCCCUUCGACCAAGACUAACAGUUAAUGUCCUCUUGCACUGUGCCUUGAAUGUAAACUUGAAUGUACUGUGAUUUGUAAGUAAUAGAUGACAAAUGUCCGGACACUUUCCAGACAUCAUUAACAGAAAAUAUCUCUUAAGUGCUCCUUAUUACAGUGGGAUUUGUUCCUAUGUUGGAAUCUCUCUUCUUUUGUGACAUCCCAAAAAACCCUAGCCAGUUUCCUGCUGUAGGAUAAUCCAGGAGAGAAAUAAUAAUUUAUUCUAAGGUAAUUAUUAUAUAGAGCCUGACUUUAUACUUAAUUGAUCUACCUAACAGUGUAUAUAGCAAGAUGAAAUUAUACUUCCCCCCCACUCAUAACUGCUAGAAUAUGGCUAGUCAACUAGUGCAAGAAAUGUAUCACAAAUCCAGAUGUAUUGAUUACCCACCAUAAAACGAUUCUGUGUCAGAAGCAACACGCACUUCUUUUUUUAUGGAAGGAUAAUAUACCCUGUUUCCCUCAAAAUAAGACCUCCCCGGAUAAUAAGCCCAAUUGAGCUUUUGAGUGCAUGUGCUACAUGCGAUAAAAUAAGCCCUCCCCCCAAAAUAAGCCCUCCCCAAAUGCAGACGUGCAGCUCCCCACCAUUUCCUCUGAUUGCUUGCCACGCAAACAACACAAGGUGAGGUGGUGAGGGGGGGAAGGGAGGGGGAACAUACCCCAUGCACCCCCCACACCCUUACCUAAUGGCUCCUCCCACAACCCUAUCCAUCCCGCCCCUUCUGUCAUGCUAAUGGCCACCGCAUAAAGAGUGGCAGGCCCAGUGACGCACCACAUGCCUCAUUCCUUAACUACCACUGUUUACAUCUGUGCUUUCAUUGAAAAGCUAAUGAGCAGCGCAACAAAACAGCAGUCAUGAGUGGCAACGCUCUCUGCCUCCUGCAUCGCAAAAAUACUAAAGACCUCCCCCAAAAUAAGGCCCUGUCUUAUUUUCGGGGAAACACGGUAUCUGGUUCCUAUGUAGUAUUAAUUGGGUGAAUUCUUGUUUUUCUAAAAACUUGGGCUUGCUGCAGUGUUAUGUUUAAAAUAAACGUAAUUUUCAAGCUCGUGCAGAUUACAUAAUCACCACUGCAAAUCAUAAUACUGUAAUUUUCUGGAAAUAAUCUAAUGUGAAGUCUUAUGUGGGAGUCUAGGUAAACACAUUUAACUUUCCAAUUGUUUCUGUGUUGAUUCCUGGCCAAUGAAGUAUUUUAAGGAACUUGAUUUUCAUUCUUGUGCAAUCAACUUUUUAUGCUGCUUCUAACAGAUAACUGGGAAUUUUAGGGGCCUUUGCUGUGUCUUUUGUACGUUCCUGAUCUAAUCCACUGUUUGAUCAGUUAACUAAAAGCUGCUUAUUUUGAUGCCAAUUUUUAAAAUUGUUUUUAACUGAAUGGAGUUUCAUAUAUUUGAUAUCCCUAAUUAAUGUUUUUGUCUUCUGUUUCUAAACAGAAUUCAGGGGUGUACAGAUGUGCCACUAAAAAUUAUAUUAUUUACAUGAAAAAUAAAGAAAUAUGGUUUUGUAAAAUAAAAAAAAUAAUUUUUCACUAUGA